AUAACCUGCGCCGGGAGACAUGGAUCUAUAUUCUUCACCGAUUGGAAGAGAAAACUGCUUGCCUGUUACUUGGUACAAGAAUUUCUUGAUACAGUGGAGUGUAAAAGCAGUGAAGAAUAAAACCAGAAAUGGAGGAAUUGGGCAGUUAGGAAUCAUCCAAAUCGGUUAAAUUUGACCUUUUUUCAACAUACAGAGUUCUAACUUGUUCACAAGAUUGAUAGAAAUUUUUUGGGUCUACACAUUGAAUAUAUACAUUGAUAGAUAUUCAGACACUGGGAUCAUAUGGGAAAUGCAUUGCGAUAUCUGUGUGGGGAUUGCUUGAGUCCCCAGACUUCAGAAGGAGCCCAUGAAGUGAUACCUGGCUCAACUGGGUUUGAUUUAUUGGCUCGUGAUCUCUUUCAGUUUGAAAACACUGCUCAGGUACCAGAAGGACUAAGCCAGCAUGUAGACGCUUUGAAGAAAACACAGGCUACAUGGUAUAAGAAAAUCUUAGCAGCAUGGAAGGAGGACCCUCCUAGUAAUGCUGAACAAGCAGCAAUACUCAUUGUCAGGACAUUGCAGAAACAGCAAAAGGUCCAUGUUCAGGGCCUCUUGGCAUUUUAUGGGUUACCAUACCCUAUUGCAACUACUCAAGCUCCAGAAGAUACUGCACAGAAAUGGCCACAAGAAGUGAAAUAUGAAUUUCAUACUCUUCAAGUGGAUGCCAGAGCCGUUUUAGAUGGUGAUAGCAUCAAUGUUUAUGUGGAUACAAAGAGCCCUAGAGAAUCUGCAGUGGUUCCAAUAUCAGUUCAAGAAGCAACAAUUGAAAGGCACGAAGCUCGAGCAAGGAAGGAUUAUGCAAGAGCCGAUCCAUUAAAGGAGCAAAUUGAAAGUGCAGGCUACAGGGUAUUUGAUGCAAAUAGAAAUGGGGAUGAUGUUCUUGCUCGCAAAUAUCGAAUUCGGCUAAGGGGAGUAGAUGCCCCAGAGGGCAAACAGCCUUAUGGGAAGGAAGCAAGGGAAGCACUCCUGAAUCUGGUUGAAGGGAAAUGCUUGCGCAUCCUUGUCUAUGGUGAAGACCGUUAUGGUCGGACUGUCGGAGAUGUAUACACUCGAGAUGUUUUUGUCCAGGAAGUCCUUUUAAAACAAGGAUGGGUGUGGCACUAUACGCAUUAUGACAAACGCCCAGAGUUUGCCGAGUGGCAAAAACAGGCACGAGCAGCCCGUGUGGGAAUAUGGGCUUCAUCCAAUCCCCAAAAACCAUGGGACUGGAGAAAAGAAAGACGUGAAGGUAUUGCCAUUGAAACUUUUGCUUGAGCCCAUAGAAACCAAAAGGUUCAAAGCUCCAGUUGAUAGAGGCUACAAAGUCACAUUCAAAAGGUACCUUAAUGAGGACAUUGAUUUGUUCUUUGGUCUGGACUUGCUUCUGUAAAUUAAAUUGACUCAAGUCCAACCUUUUCAGACAUGCUUGCUUGUACAGAAAACAAGGGAAGGGUAUAAACUACAAAUAAGACUGCGGUUUUAGCUUUCUUAAACAUGAAUAAAACUGCACAUUAUUAUGAGCUGCCAA